GUGUUGUCACCUGUACUCUGUUCGCCUGUGUGAAGAGACCGAGACCCUUGCAAGAGAGACCGACUAACAACAGGAAAUUACAAACCGCAUUGGUGGAGAAAAUGGCUGACAUAAUAACAACUGAAUAUGAUGAUGACUCUGGCAACGAUUUCAUUCAGUGCGAAUAUUGUGACAAAAGUAUCCGGGGUGACACUCAGUACAGAAUUCACCUGACCACAAGUCAGCAUUUGAAGAAAAAGGAGUCCAUGAAUCUCUGGGAUGACAUGCCAGUUUGGGAAAGCUUCUUGGAUUACUUGGAUUACCUGAAACUUGAUGAGCCAAUCAUUGGUCUGAGUUGUUUGGAGCAGAUGGAAUCUCAAGCACUUGGUAAUGGCCAAUUUCGGCUAAAGUACAAGUGCAAGAUGUGCAGUUUAGAGGCAGACUUGCCUGCAAUGGCCAGCCAUGUAGUGGGGCGGAAGCACCGGCAGAAGUUUUUGGAAUUGCAUAGGCCUGAUUUGAUAACAUGGGACAACAAGUACUCUCUCAGCCAGCAAGGAAAGGUGAUCAGGGCCAAGGCAGAAGUCAUAGAGAGACAAGAAGGCCGUGGAAAACCUGUGGAUUUGCAUCCAAGACAAAGGAAUUCCAGGGGAGAUGGCCCUCGGAGAGGUAAUGCUCCCCCAAAUCCCAGAUUUCAAAACCCGAGACAGAACAUGGGACCACAGCAGGGAGGUCUGGAUAGGUGCCAGCAGAGAUAUGGACCUGCAGACAUGGACAUCCCACCGCAGGACUUCCCUGAAGACCCUCAUUACCAAAGAAAACGUGUUGAUGAUGGUUACUAUCCAGCAAGUACUUACAGAAGUGGUGCUGAUUAUCCUAAAGAUGCUCCCUUUCAACAUGGCUACCAAGAAGACAACGAUCAUGUCAGGCCCCCUUUCCCUGAGAGUGGUGAAUAUGGGCAAAGGUAUCCCAAAGACAACCGUUAUGAGGAGCCCUACCCAGAAGAUGACCACAGUAGAAGGCCGUUUAUGGAUGAGCCUCCAAGGCAAGCAUAUGACAAAGGUGACCGCUAUGAGCCAUCUUACUAUGAAGAUGAACCUCGGGGGCGGCCACCACCAGGAGAUGACCAACGUCCCUACGAAGAUGAUAACCACUCUGGACAGCGCUACUCAGACAGGGACUUUCCGCCACGUCCCUAUGAGGACCCUCAUGCCAGGGCAUACCAGGAAGAGACUCCUCACCAGCACCCUGACGACAGUUAUGGUGAGCGGGUGUACGCUGAGAGAGACUCCAGUGGACAUUUGUAUCCCCAGAUUGACCAUCGUCAGCCUGGUAUCUCUGAGGACCGAAAGCAGGCCUAUCCUGAAGAGGAUGCCUAUAACAGACGUGUCCAGGAAGACGUUGAAAGGGAACGCUACGGUCGUCGUGAAUCUACUGAAUGGCACCCCAAAGAAGAUACUGAUCGUCGUUUCUUGGCUCGUAAUGGAAGUGAGCGACAAUACUCUGAACGUGGUUUUGAACCUCAUCACAGCAGUCAUGGUGACGGGAGAGAGAGGAGUCACACCGGCUAUGACACUGAGAGGAAUAGGGGUGGUGAAGCCAGGUAUGGCGGAGAGAUGCCUGAAUCUAGAAUGGAGAGAGAUUGGGCAGAAGCUAGAGGACCACCGUCACGGCCCAGUAACACGCUAGGAAGGCCCAGAUCAGAUCUCCCCCAGCAUCAAGGAGCUACACAUCAGGAGUCUCUACCUAGCAGGAAGAGGAGGAGCAGGUUCUCCGAUUGCACAGAAGCAGAGAAAGAACUGCUGCAAAAAUAUCAGAUGGCCCAAACUGUUUCUGAGAGACUUUCUCAGAAUCCACCUACGAAAGUUCAGAAGCACUCUGAGAGUGUCCGCUUGAGGGAGGAUUACAGGGAGCGUGGAGGAGCUCAACAAGAUCCUGCCAAUGUUAUGGAUGUUCUUAAAGAUGUCCAGAUUGAGAGUGUGGAAGAAGCCAACUUUCUGAAGAAUAAACUUUGUUCACUGCUGAAAGAGUUUCAGGCCAAUAAAUCAGGAGUGAGAGACGAUCGGACUCCCCCGAUGGGUUCCCGAGAUUAUGAACAGCCAAGAAGGGAGAGUGUGGAACGGCUGCUGUUUGAUGAAUAUAGCCAGCGAAGGAGAGCAAUGGCAGCAGCUGGGCACGAUCGUGACCAGAUUCAGGAACGGCCACCGUCUGACUACAGCUACCGUGUAAAAGAAAUGUCAACAGUUGGGCGUAGUCAUGACGAGAUUCAAGAACGACCACCGUCUGACUAUGGCUACCGUGUAAGAGAAAUGUCAACAGUUGGUCGUAGUCAUGAUGAGAUUCAGGAACGGCCACCGUCUGAUGACUAUAACUACAGUAUGAGAGAAAUGCCAGCUGUGGGACGCGGUCUUGACAACUUCCACCAGGCCUCUCAAGAACGCUUUGAUAGAAGGUCCUAUGAACGGGAUGGGCCCCAGCGCAGAAGGGAAUUUCCUAGACCUGCUGAGAUGUUUGAGGACUACCCACGGGAUGACUUUCAUAGAGGGGAAAGGCGGUCUCCUCCUCCAGAGAGUUCGUUUAGGUUCCGUGAAGGUUCACAGCGGUCCUAUUUUGACGGUCCACUUGAGGAGCACCCUCGUGACUUUCGUCCUCACCCUGCUCAGACCCACUUUAUUGAAGACCGAAGAACCCCUCCCUCCAGCCUUGAUAAAAUCGCCUCCACUCUUCUUCACCUUGUGUCACACAAAUGAAAGUGUUCAUGUGUCUAAUUGUUUUUUAUUGUCAUUAUUAGAAUAGGCAAAAGGUUUUUCAAGUGGUUGUUGAAAACAAUACUGUACGGUAAAUUGAACUAGCCGAGUCUUGUAAACACAUUAAAAAUGUCAAUGGCUAA